UUACGUUACGCUGUUGAAGUCUCGUCAAACGUAUAUUUUGCAAUUGCGUCGGUCAUAUUUUCGUACGAAAAUCCAAUAAAUCCGUUCCAAACAAACAAGCAAAAUAGCGUCCGUUACGUUUACUUACAAAUGGCACCGAUCUUGAACCGAAGGUACUAACAUAACCUUAAAAUUGGUAACGUCUUGAGUUCGGUGUAUUGGUGAUUUUGUGUUGUCAGAGAUGGCGACGCAGCUGUCCCGGCGCGAGGUGGAGGAGCUCCGGUCGUCGCUCGACCGCGCCAUUUACAGGACCAUCGGGAAGUCGGAUAGCUCGCUUCUUUCGACUAUUUCCUACUGCCUUACUAGCGGAUAUGAACGCCGAAAAAUCAUAGACAAAAUAUCAUCUCAUAUCGACUCAAAAAAAGCAAGUAAACUCGCUGACAAAAUUAUAGCAUUGGCAUCCGAACAGGUCUCCUCUUCGAAAUCCUCAAAACGCAAGCACGAAGAGCGAGAUGAGAGAAAAGAAAAGGACAGCAAGCGGACCCGGCAUGAGGACAAGAAGGAAAAAGAGGAGGAUAAAGAGAGGGAGAAGGAUAAGAAUGGGAAUGGUGUGGAGGUCUUACCGUUACCGGUGCAGGGGUCGGAGACCAUUGGCUCCAAGAUAACUGGGUUAAGUGCUGAUCGAAUUAAGGUGAUGAUGGCAAACGCCCAGAAAGAGAUAGAAGAACGUAAACGCGCUCUCAUGGUGAUGAAAGGGGAGAAGGCGCCUGUUACUACCGCUGCCGCCACGGCGCAGCAGAUAAAGGCGACUUUACCCUCUAAGACCAUUGCGCCGCCGGCUGUCAUCAAACCGGUCCUGUAUUCUAAGCCAAACGCGUCGGCCGCCCAGAGCGCUGAAGAAUUGGAAAAACAGAGGAAGAUAGCGGAGCUGCAGGCACGCAUACAGAGGAAACUGGCCGGUGGAGCAUUGGCCGCUGCGGGCAGCACGGGCCCCGCGCCGCUCAUCCUGGACCGCGAGGGCCGCACCAUCGACACCACGGGCAAGCGGGUGCAGCUCACACACGUGGCGCCCACCCUCAAGGCCAACAUCAGAGCGAAGCGUCGCGAGGAGUUCAAGGCCCAACUGUCCGGAGCUGCGACCUCUGAGCCCGUCGGCGAUGCUUCCUGGAUGGACCCGCGGGUCACCGUCAAGCCUCCAACCCGCACGAGACGCGCGCUGCGCUUCCACGAGCCGGGCAAAUUCAGGCAGCAAGCUGAAAGACUGCGGAUGAAGGCCCAACUAGAGAAACUACAGAACGAGAUAUCGCAAAUCGCGCGCAAGACUGGCAUCUCAUCUGCCACCAAACUAGCGCUCCUCGCGUCCGACAAGACUGACAGCGACUCCGUGCCGGACAUAGAAUGGUGGGACAGCGUGAUCCUCAUGACGGCGGAAGAAAGAGAGGCGCAAUGUGCGACUAGUGCAGAACAGAGUCAGCACAGGGUGACGGAGUGCAACACCGGGGAAGACGACAUCGUGAGGAACCUAAACGUGCAGGCUGUCACCAACUUGGUGGAGCACCCGCAGAGGCUUCGGCCUCCAACGGAGCCCCUCAAGCCCACAUAUAUGCCCGUGUUCCUGACUAAGAAAGAGAGGAAGAAGUUACGCAGACAAAGCCGACGCGAGGCCUGGAAGGAGGAACAGGAACGAGUCAGGCUCGGCCUUGAGGCCCCGCCGGAGCCCAAGCUCAGGAUAUCCAACCUAAUGCGAGCUCUGGGCACCGAAGCGGUGCAAGACCCCACGGCGAUAGAGGCUAAAGUCCGCGAGCAAAUCGCCAAACGGCAGAAAACCCAUCUCGACGCGAACAAGGCGCGCGCGCUCACUAAGGACCAGAAGAGAGAAAAGAUCGAUCGGAAAAUAAGAGAAGACACAAGUAUGGGCGUGAACGUUGCUGUGUAUAGAGUGCGUGACCUCUUUGAAUGCGCUUCAGCCAAAUUCAAAGUGGAAGUGAACGCGCAACAAUUACACAUGACCGGCUGUGUGGUGCUACACAGAGGCUGCUGCGUCGUGGUGGUGGAAGGGGGCCCUAAACAACACGCCAAGUACAAGCGACUGAUGCUGAGCCGCAUAAAGUGGGAGGACGACCUGGUGAAGGACGCGGAGGGCGCCGAGGUUCCCAACUCGUGCGCGCUCGUGUGGGAGGGCAGCACCAAGCAGCGCGCCUUCGGGGACAUCAAGUUCAAGGUGUUACCAACCGAGAAGCAAGCUCGGGAGCUGUUCCAGAAACACGGCGUCGAACAUUACUGGGACCUCGCCUACAGCGGCGCCGUGCUCGGGACGGCCGAGGAGGAGCCCUAGGGCUCCAAUGGCGGGCCUUGACCCGACAUAGUCAUAGUUUAUUCAUAAACAGUUUUCACUGUGUGAUUACAUCUUUAGAACUAACCUACCACCGUUUGUUGUGAUAUCGAGCAUUAUUUGUCUACCUUUGGAGCGCUAAUACUCGAUACACCGUUAGGGUUAUUUGCCGACCACAAGUUUCAUCCCUUUCAAAAGCACGGAAUCACUGGGCCCAGAAAGAGCCCUACGGGUCUUCUAGCUGCUCUUUCAUUAAAAGUCACCAUUUGUGCUAUUUUCACCUAAAAGGGUACUUAUUGUCGGUUAUCAAUAAGGCGCAAUUUCCAUAUAGCUUCAAAUUGAAAUAAACCUUAUCGACAAGCGUCAAUGUGGUACCUUUUGGUUGAAAACGUCACAUUUGUUGCGAAAAUACGUUAUCAAACAGAGAGGGAAACAACAAACCAACAUCUUUUCUGGAAGCAUAACAUUACUAGCUUUUGCCCGCGACUUCGUCUGCGUGGAGUUAGUGAUUUGGGUAGCUUAUUUUUUUAUCCAAUCUGCUUUUUAUCGAUUCCCCAUUCAAACUUCCACCCCCCUUUUCACCCCCUUAAAGGAUGAUUUCUGAUAUAAAAACUAUCCUAUGUCCUUCCCCGGGACUCAAACUAUCUCUUUACCAAGUUUCAACUAAAUCGGUUCAGCGGUUUAAGCGUGAAGAGGUAACAGACAGACACACUUUCGCAUUUAUAUGGAUUGGAGUUAACCUAAAGACAUUUUUAGGGCUAUCCGACCAACAAAGUUUACCAUCUCUUCAAAAUAUGGCGUCUGCUCACUUUACACGUCUCUAUUUGUUUGUCCAUAUCUAGGAAAUUCGGAAAAUGUACCGUAAAAUGGGGUUACUUUGAUUCGCGGGGUAACAUUGAUCAUCGAUUCUUGAGGAAUAGGGAGUUGACUUUUCAACGCUAACAACAUUUCAUGAUGUGGUUAGCAUGCUUAACCGAAAUAGAUGAUGAAAGCGUUCUGAAACGAAUUGCUUAUAAUUAAAAAAAUCGAUGAUCAAUGUAACCCCACGAAUCAAAGUAACCCCAGUUUACGGUACGUUAAAACCAAGGAUGGUAUUUCACCUAUCCAAUGUGUAUUACGUCUCACAUUUUGCUUAAUGAGAGAGUGAAAUGCAAUGACAAUGGACAAAUAAAUUGGACAGGUGAAAUACCACCCUCCAUCUCUGUCAACUCUGUGGUCAAUACCACAGAUUUAAUAUAUACGCUAGAUGACGCAAAUACCACGAUUUGUAUUGAAACCAAGCGUGCCGAGUUUUUCAUACAAAAAUUAACGCAUAAUUUUAAAAUUACUUAUUUGUGAUAGUAAAUAUGUUCUUGCCUUUGGGUGCUCGCAAUUUUUGGGCUGUUGCAGACUGCAACUUGCAGUUAAUUAUCACGCAACGAAGCAUUUUUUAAGUUUUCACGGACGUCCGGCUGCAACAACUGACGCGCGUGGACUGUAAAGAGCGACGGUCAACCUCGACGCUUGGUCGGGGUUCGGACACGCGAAGUAGAUGCAUUUGCGUCUUCUAUGGUAUAUUUAUUUUUGUGGUCAAAACUCAUAUAUUUGGUGUAUAAAAUAGCUUCAUUAAGAAUACAAAGUAUAUAUUAUUUUAUGAAGUAUAAUAAAAUUUAGAUCGUAAACUCGUUUGUAACUUGAGUUAUGUCACCCAUUGCAAGUGUUGGAAUAAAUAUGUUUCAAAAGUCA